CCGACUCCAGACUCGCAAAUCCCCAAUUCUACCCUCUUUUCUCCUCGAUCUAGGGUUUUCUUCCAUUUAAUUUAUUCAGUUUGGUCUCUGUUCGUUGUCGGGCAUGGAAUAUGGAUCCCAAUCUCCUUCCGCGGAGCUCCGAAUCCGACAAGUCGGUCGAGCUUAGCUGCUCCGAUUCGCUUCCUUCAUCUGGCUCCUCCUCCUCCGGCGAAGCUGAUCCCAAGCGACGGAAGGUUGAGGGAGGAGAAAAGAACUCCGACAGCGGCAUGGAAGAGGGAAAACAUGAUAAGGAAGACAGCAGUGGCGAGAUUGAUACCGACGAUGACGUUGACGAUGAUGCGAUUGAGGUCAAGCAGUGGACUCCCAAGGUACGGACCCUCAUCAAGGGCAUUCCAGAAGACGACGAAGGCCUGCAACGCUACAUCAGGAAAAUCAACGACACGAGUGCUUCGAUUUGGACGAAAACCCUCUUCUCGAGUACCAAAUGUUUGCUGCUGCAAUUUACAAGGUCGAUUUUUGUUGUCCUGAGGAUGCCCAUCACGUCGAGAAUAUCCAGCGCUGUCUCAACCAUGUAAUCGACGAACAGAGGAAACAAGGCAAUCUGGUCUGUCUCUCUUUUGGGUUCUCCUCUAUUCCCCCCUCCAUAAUUUGUCAUUUUUCUCUUUAUAACGUACCUGCUGCGCUUCAAUGGAUCUGCCGCAUGGUGACCUUGUAUUCGUUUGUCGUCGCUUGUUUGCAGCUCGAACUCGUCGGGAUUCAGACGGUCAAUUACGGCUUUGACACCGGUUAUAACUAUUACAUUACGUUUGAGGCCAAGAAGAAGUUGUUAUCCCAGGAGGAGGAGGAAGACAAAGUGUAUCAAGCGGAGGUGCAUCACAGUAUCUGGAAGGACAUCAACAUUCAUGUUUUCCGGGAGAAGAAGAAGCAGCAACAACAACAACCACUUAUUCAGGUUGGUACGCUGUAACUUAACCAAAUAGAGUCUGCAGACUGCAAUUGAUCGUUAAUAGAGAUAGUAGUAAUCAAAUUGGUUGCUUUUUUUUUUUUUUGUACGUAAAGCUUACUUUGGUGGUUCUUGGCCAUUGGUUCUAAUGGGAUUCUAGUCUUUCAAAUGGUGAAAUGAUAUAACCUUGACUUGAGCGUGUAUAUAUUAACCUCAUCAACAACCACCGAUUAAUUGUUUGAUGCAUUAUUGAAGUUGAGUUAGCUGUACCGUGUAAGUAGCAUCGUUGUUUGAAUUGAGGUAGCUAGGUGUGUGUGUGAGUUAUAUUUGUAAUCACGAGCUAGGCUAGGCUUUUGGGACCAUUUGGAUGUAGUUAAAGCCCUUCUAGAGAGAUUGGUGAUGAAUAAUGAUGGUGUUGUUCUGAACUUCUGAUAGCCUUUGCAUGGCGUUUUUCUAACUAGUCAAAGCUCUUUGUUACGUUUAUGGAACUGGAAUAGUAUUGUGUGACUUGUUAUCUAAUGGGUGAUAUUAUCACGUAAUUCAGUAGGUUUAGUUUCGUAGUCUCGAAUGUGCUUAGCAACUCUCCACUGGAUUUCGUGUUAUAGACUGAUGGGUAGACAAUGCCUGCCGAGGUCUUAAACAUAAGACCAACGAAAGAACCAGAUCGAUCUGUGGUAGCAUUUCCACGGCCCCUGGCGGCACCAUAGCUCGGCCGACGUCAAAUACUGAGCUCAGUCAGCUACUGCCUGCACCGCAUUCCGAUCAACUCCUUGGACGCCUCGAACGUGCUGGAUAAAAGCGCAGCUUCAAACCCUAAAUAAUUAAGAAGAAAUCGUCAAUUGCAUUGCAUUCGCUAGAUUUUAGGCGACAUAUGAUAUUCCGCGGUGGUCAACAAAACAACCAACCCGCAAAUUAAACUGACCUAUACGU